UUUAACUAGAAUAGAUGUCUGAGGAAAAUGGUGAAUAAAGAGGAAGAGGUUUAAUUGAAGCAUAUCUGUACAUUACAAAUCAAAACUUGAUAUGAAUAGUUCGACAGGAUUAGCAGAAACGUCGCCAACGGGAAGCGGCUCCACUCUCAGACCGUACCUUCGAAGAAAAAAAUCUUCACUUGGGGAAACCAAAAUAGCCGUAGUGGGAGCAUCAGGUGUAGGGAAAAGUGCAUUGGCAGUAAGAUUUUUAACAAAAAGAUUCAUUGGUGAAUACGAUCAAUCUAAUGAUGCCAAAUAUAAAUGUACAACCAAUAUUGAUGGUGAAACUGUUGCCUUCGAGUUAUUAGAUACCAGAUGCAAUAAUGAUGAUAAUGGGACAAGAGAUGAUGUAUUAAGAUGGGCUGAUGGGUUUAUGUUAGUUUAUUCGGUGACUAGUAGAAAAUCAUUUGAUGCUCUGACAGAGAUACAGAAGAAGAUAGAAGAAACCAAGAAAGCCGGUCAUGUUCCAAUCAGUGUCGUAGGAAAUAAGUCAGAUUUAGCUCAUAUCCGCCAGGUAACACAAGAUGAAGGAUCCAAAUUGGCUACUGAGUUUGGUUGUUCAUUUCAAGAAGUUUCAGCUUCAGAAGAUGUGGUUGCUGUCACAGAAGCUUUUCAUGUGUUAUGUAAGGAAGUUGUAGAGUUUAAAAGAAGAUCUAGAACUUUUCUGGAUAGGGUUUUCGGUCUGAAAAAAUCAUGA